UUAUGAGCAUGCUGGGCAGCAUCAGCCCCAUAUUUCCUCCACGCAUUGCAUACAGAGGGGAGUGAUGGUGGUUCUUGGCAGUCAGAUGUUCCGUCAGCCACUGACUAGUAAUUAAACACUGCAGGCCGCUGUUGGCACAGUUUUUUCUUCCAAUUUGUAUACACUUCCAGCGGUUCGGGGCUGUUGGUUGGAUAAUGGCAGCUCAGAAUAGUUGUGGCGUGAACAGCACUUGGAUUUGUAUACAAAAAUUCCACUAAAUCUUACAGUGUGGAGAGCCUUACCCUGGCAAGUGUACAUGAGACAUUCUCUAAAGGGUAUUUGGUGCUUCGGCUAGACCAAAGCCCAGGCACGUCUCUUGCUAGUUUUUCCUUUCAUUAGGUCCAGCGCUGAAAUAAAAAAAAGCAAGUGGCAAAUGCUUGUGUAGACGCAGCUGCAGGCGCCUGAGAUACCCUGUAAGGGACUUAAAGAGUCGAGCAGGCGCAAGUCCGAAUAUACUGGAAGGCAUAUCCUAUAUACAGGACAGGCAAAUGGGCAAAAGGAAACGGGAACGAAAUGUGAGGGAAUGUGAGUGUAACGAAACGAAUCGAAAUGAAAUGAAACGAACAAUGAGUACGAAUAGGAGACGCCUUGCCACACCCCAUACCCCAUACCCCAUGCACCAUGCCCCACGCCACACGCCAAGAGAUGCGAGGAGCGGAAACGUGACUAGGCCAAUGUUAAGGCCACUGACGUCGGUCGGUCGGUUGUAACUCUUGUGGAUGCUGCAACUGUGCCGCCGUUGUGCCUGCCACACAUUGACGUGGGCACAUAUCUCCGUGUGCCUUUGACAGGCAGAUUGAAACGCGCCCAAAAUACUCUCCUGCUCGUAUGCGGAAGAUAUGUGCUGCGGACGGGUGGCCGCUUGCCACAUAGGAAAUAAAGUGUAUGCCUAUAUAUAGAGAGUAAAACUGCAGGCACAGCCAGAAUAUGGCUCUGGUACUGAGCUUCCGGAAGUCCGGGAUUCUGGGGGUGCAGCGCUGGCAGGAUCCGAAUCUGCGUUGCAAGUGGCAAUAUAAUUCACCGAACGUGCGCGCUCAUUGACAUCAGCAGAGUGGAGCCCAAGGGAUGUUGGGAACCAAGACUCCACUCAACUAGGAUUAUACAUACGUCCAAAAAGCAGGCAACGCUUGGGUGGAGGCGGCACUAAUAAUAUUACAGAUCCAUUCAACGGUAUCCUAAUAGUUCCCACAAUAAUUCGUUUGGGUUAUGGAUGCCCAAUGGCUUCCACCCAUAAACUAACCGUUGAAAUUUAAAUAAACUGUGUGAAACUUUAGCGAAAUAUUCAUAAAACCGCGAGACACAAACAGCUGUUGAGGCGGAUCAUGGAAUAGUGCAUGGCUACUUAAAGGAUUACAAGUGAUUGCAAGCCCGUGGCCAGCAAGGCCAAUACCCUGUGCGAGAGUUUAGUGAACCCGCGAGGGAGCAAGCGAAUAAACAGAGGCCGCAUGGUGCCAGCGGCAGACAUGUUGUUGGUGGCGAUAUGACAGAACAGCCAAGUACCGAUGACACAGGCGGCGGUGUUGCCACUCACUUCUUCGCCCGCUUGAUGCGCCUCACCGGCGUGUCAUUAUCAUCCGCAGCUGCUGCUGCAUCAUCCUUGCCACAGCCCACCACAUCCACAUCCACAGCCUCUCAGGCAAUCAUGACAACCGAAUCGCCCACCACAACUGCAGCAGCAGCUGCAGCGGAGCUGGCACCUUCCUAUCUCAUCGAUCGGGUCACCCAGGUUGCCCGCAUUGCCCUGGAGGUGACCACAUCAGCGUCGGAGGUGCUGGCCGAGGGGCUGCCAGAGGUGGACACCAGCUUUGCCAAUGCCACGACAUUGCACGGGAAUCUAACGUUGGCCGCUGCGGCAGCCACCAACUAUGAAAACUGCUCGGCGAUUUUUGCCAACUACACGCAACCAGAAACAGGCAUCUACUGCAACUUUACUUGGGACACGCUGACCUGUUGGCCCCCAACACCUGCGGGAGUCAUGGCACGAAUGCAUUGCCCGGCGGGCUUUCAUGGUGUCGAUCCGCGAAAAUUUGCUAUACGCAAAUGUGAGAUGGAUGGCAGCUGGGGCACACGGCCAGACACCACAAAUAUGACAGCGGAAGCGAUUGCCGCUGGAUGGACCGACUAUGGGCCCUGCUACAGGCCCGAGGUGAUUCGCCUGAUGCAGCAGAUGGGCAGCAAGGAUAUUGAUCUCUAUAUUGAAAUUGCCAGGCAUACACGAACACUGGAGAUCGUGGGCCUGUGCUUGUCACUGAUUGCUCUGCUCGUCUCUCUGGUGAUCUUCUGUAGCUUUCGUUCGCUGCGCAAUAACCGUACGAGGAUACACAAGAAUCUAUUCGUAGCAAUGGUCCUACAGGUGCUCAUCCGACUGACGAUCUAUCUGGAUCAAUUUCAGCGCGGCAGCAAAUCUAGUGGCAGCUCCUCAAACUCUAGCAGUACCAGCAGUCUGUCGGCGAUCGAGAACACGCCAUAUCUGUGCGAGGCCUCCUAUGUCCUGCUGGAAUACGCCCGAACGGCAAUGUUCAUGUGGAUGUUCAUCGAGGGACUGUACCUGCACAAUAUGGUGACGGUGGCUGUGUUUCAGGGCCAGUUUCCGCUCAAAUUCUUCUCGCGUCUGGGCUGGUGUGUGCCCAUCCUGAUGACCACCGUCUGGGCACGCUGCACCGUCAUGUACAUGGACACCUCGAUGGGUGAGUGUCUCUGGAACUAUAAUCUGACGCCGUACUACUGGAUACUCGAGGGACCCAGACUAGCUGUAAUUUUGCUGAACUUUUGUUUCCUGGUGAACAUCAUUCGGGUGCUGGUGAUGAAGCUGCGACAAUCGCAGGCCAGCGACAUCGAGCAGACCCGGAAGGCCGUGAGGGCUGCCAUCGUGUUGCUGCCCCUGCUGGGCAUCACCAAUCUGCUGCACCAGUGGCCAGUCCUCAAGUCGGCCACCAACUUUGCCGUUUGGUCGUAUGGCACGCAUUUUCUCACCUCGUUUCAAGGCUUCUUCAUUGCUCUCAUCUACUGUUUCCUAAAUGGCGAGGUGCGCGCAUGCUUGCUCAAAAGUUUAUCGAAUCAGCUAUCGUUGCGCGGCCAUCCCGAAUGGGCGCCCAAGCGGGCCUCCAUGUACUCGGGCGCCUACAACACCGCCCCCGAUACGGAUGCCGUCGGCCAGCAGGCGGUGGCCGACAACCAGACGGCCACUGCUACACGAACGUCGCCGGUCAACAGGCGGCAGAACACUAGCGCCAGCAUUGUCAUGAUCCACGAACCCAACCACCGACAGCGUCUCGUGCAGCGGAACCACAACAACAACAAUAACAACAGCCAAGAGAGUCCACGUCGCCAGAGGGGGGAACAAACAGAUGAGGAAGAUCGUAUAGGAAUUGCAGCUGGAGCCGGAGUCGAGUCUGAAGUCGUGGUGGUGCGUGGCUCUGGCGGUGCGGCUGCUGUGGGCAGGAAGCGAGAGACACGCAUACACGCUGGCACCAAGUGGAUGAUGGCCGGCCUCUGCUUCAGGGGUCAAAAGGACAAACGUGUGAUGUCCAACGCUCCCCAUGUAGCACAGCAAAUAUUUAUGAAGUCACAGCUGCCGGCAACAACGAUGGCCCUCGCAAUUGCCACAGUAAACACUGCACCCGCAGUCGAAGAAGCGUUCACAGAGACAGCUCCGACCGCAGUCACAAUAACCGCAAUCUAUACCCAUACAUCAACCGCAUCCCCAGUGGCAGCUGAAGUACACACCGCACCCGGAACACCAGAAGCAACUGUCAAACUACCAAUAAUUUCGGAGGCAAGGACAAAGAGAACUCCAAGGCAUCUGCAUGCAAACACAGCCUGAAUCUACAUAUCUCUCAGACGGAGCAGACGGAGUAACCGCUUUACUUUGGCACACGCAGCUGUCCCAUUAGCCCAGUUUAGCGUUGAAGUGAGAAAAUUCACUUUUAAAUGUUUUGCGUAUGCGUAGCGCAAAAGCGAGCAAUUGUAUUUUUUAAUGGUUUGCGGUAGGCAAACGGAACACACACAGACGUAUCAGUGUAGCGUUUAAGCGAGCGUAACUGUACGCGAAAUUGGUUUGGAGAGAGAACUGUUUCAUAGAGAGAAAGGAGCGACAGUUCUUAAUAUUAUCCAAAGUAAACUAAAACUUUUUUGUAUGCAAAUCUGUAAGAAAAAUCUCUGGAACAGAGUGACCGUUUCGUUUUGGAACUCUGCUGUUUUCGAGAGCAACUGUACUUCGCACUGAAGUGCGUACUAAACCUUUUUUUGUAUGCAACGGCAUAGGGACACACAAACACACAUGAAUAUCGUACGAUAUAUACCUAUACCUUUACAAGAUAUAUAAAAAAUCUAUACUAAAUGUGUCUAUGUAUAGUAUAUACAGAUAUACAGAUAUUUUUGUAUAUUUACCCCAUACAUAAGCCGAAACCGAUGGAUCACAAUGUUUUUUUAACGCGAAUAUAAACAUAUUGAAUAGCCAACAUACAGAUAUGGAAUUGUGUGUAUAAAUUGAUGUAAUAUUGAUGUCGGACAACACACAUACGUAUACAUAGAUGUUAAAACUUUUUUUUUUUUUUUUUUUUUGGAAAAUCUACAUAUACAUUCAUAAAUAGUAUAUAGAGCAGAAAAGGCAUAUUUACAUAAUAUUUACACUGAGCUACAUACAAAAAAGAAAAUGCAAGCCUACAAAAACCUGAGAAGCAUUCAGUGCCAUUAAACGGUGGAUAGAGAGAGAAGUAUAGAAGGGGAGAGUGAUUUAGGGGCAGGAGAUAUCGAUCGUAUUUUGAAUUUAACAUGCAACAUGAAAGUACAAAGCACGCGGAAAUGAAAUGGGGCACAAGGCUAAGGUAGAGGAAACACUUUAAACCACUAUUCAACACUGCACACUACUCAAAACACUCAUCAGACGGGGAUCAGUGGAUAUGAUAUCCAGUGCGCGUGAAUACUGAAUAUUCAAUUAACUCUAAGCUUUUUUCCCUGCAUUUCAAUGGAAUAUGAAAAUAUGUGAAAUCUGCUGCUUUUUCUGGUCUUGAUUUUCGUUUUGCUUUUGUCUAUGCAAAAAAUGCAAAUUUCUCAAAAUAGUAAAAAAAAUAAAACGAAACACAAAAUAAACUAUGAAUUCAAACCGAAUUUAAACUACAAACAAAAACCAGAUCACCCAGUGGUCAAUGGCAUACUAUUAGGUGUAUAAGUCUAAAUGGAAUAUAAAACUAUGAAUAAACAUGAUUUUGAAUGUAUACAUACUACUCCUA